AUGGUUAUGGAGUCCGCACAGCCCGCUGGGCGCUUCUGGCCGUUAUCACCUCGUCUCUGGCGAAGGAGUAAUGAGUAUACUAAAGUUGUGUUUGAGCCGCGACGACCUCCGAUAUCACCGAUCGAAAUACGAAAGCACGGAAGGAUUGACGAGACGCCAGAUCUAUUGCGAUCAAGGAGCUUCAUACAGGAUAAUAUGAAAUUGGAUGGCAAGGAAUUUGGAGAAGUAAUCGUUGAUAAGCAGAGAUGGAGCGUGGAUUCAAAGAAACCACCUGUUAAGGACGUAAAAAAAGAGGAGGUAGUGAAAAUGAGAUCAAAAAAACAGAGACAGCCGAGGCCGAACAGCAUUCAGCUGCUCCUGUGUCCAUCGAACUCUGGUCAUUACAGCAGCAACACAUGGAGAUACACGAGAGUCAGAUCUAAGAGCCAUGAGCCGGAAGGUGGCGGGAGGUGUGAGGGUCCGCUAGCUCGAGCCAUGCAGCCUUCACAGGAGAGAUCACCCAAAAGACAGGUCCCGACGGCCACGCAUGGAGCGGCAGCAGAUCCGUCAACUUUAAAAGUCCAUCUUCCGAACGGUGGUUUCAAUGUCGUAAGGGCGUCUCCAGACGAAGAUGUCAGAUCUGUUCUGCGAUGUUUGGCGACCAGGUUGGCGACUGGGGAUCGUGUGUACGCGUCCUGUUAUGCUUUGAGGGCUAGAAGACUAACUACUGGAAAGACCCGUUGGAUCCACCAAGACACUCCUGUCUCCGAGCUCACGACUCGCUGGCCGGCCAGUGAGUGGCGGCUCGAGCUCAGGGUACGCUAUCUGCCAGCCAAUUUAAGAGACCUCUGCGAUUCAGACCGCGUCACCUUCCAUUAUUACUACGAUCAGGUUCGGCAUGACUACCUCAACGCCAAUCAUCCGAUGGUCGACCAGGACUUGGCGAUUCAAAUAUGCUGUUUAGAAAUAAAAUAUUUCUGCAAGGACAUGCAAAUAUCUUUGGACAAGAAAUCUAAUAUAGAAUAUUUGGAGAAAGAAUUCGGUCUGCACAAGUUCCUCCCAAAGUCUGUCCUAGAGGCCAUCAAACCUAAAGUACUCAAGAAGGCGAUACAGCAACAGUUCAAAAAGGUAUCAAAUCUGAGUGAUACUGAGUGUAUGUUGAAGUAUUUGGAGACUAUGCACACACACUAUGGGUAUGAUCGUGAGACUUUUACGGGAGCACUUGGUACAGGGUGGGCUAUACCCGUGGAAUUAGCCAUUGGACCUGAUAUUGAUAUAUCGUACGUGUCCCACAAGGCCGGCGAGCCCCCCACUUACACCAAGAUAGCGUCCUUCAGCGACAUCAUCGCCGUACAGACACUCAAGUCAAACUGCACGCAGCAGUCACAGUCACAAACCAGCUCGUGCGGCAAGGCGGCCCUUCAGCUGCGUGUGAAGGGCGCGGCGGAGACGUUAACUAUAACGUGCAGCAGUGUUGAGGCUGCAGAAAGCUUAGCGGAUCUAGUAGAUGGUUACUGCCGGCUAGUGACUGACUCGCAGACAUCGCUGUGGAACAGAACUACGGCUGAAGUAAGCAGUAGUUCAUCAGAAGGUAAAAGCAGUUCCUUAGAAGGUCAUCACACUAUGUUGUCAGAAGACUACGCCGAAAUAGCGGACGAUGACCCCGACUAUUCAACGCCGGCUGUUCGUGACUACGAAUUGGUUCGUAAUCAAAUUGAAUUGACCGGCAUUAUUGGUGAAGGACAGUUUGGAGAUGUUCAUAAAGGUACAUGUAAGGUGUCGGGUGCCAACCACCCUUCCCUCAGACGACAGCUACAGGCUGGUCGAGGUGAGCUGGUACUCCCCGUCGCUGUAAAAACAUGUAAAAUGGACGCCGAUCUAGACACGGCUGAGAAAUUCCUCGAGGAAGCUUACAUAAUGCAGCAGUUCUCUCACCCGCACAUCAUCAGCCUGGUGGGUGUCUGCUCCACGCCUCCUAUAUGGAUCGUUAUGGAACUGGCGACAUUAGGAGAGAUGAGAGCAUACCUACAACAGAAUGCACACAGGUUGGAGACAUGUACUCUAGUGUUGUACAUCUAUCAACUGUCCACCGCUCUCAGUUACUUGGAGAGCAAGAAGUUUGUACACAGAGAUAUAGCUGCUAGGAACGUGUUGGUCUCCACACCUACAUGUGUUAAGUUGGCUGAUUUUGGUCUUUCAAAAAUGGUUGAAGACAAGUCAUACUACAAGGCGUCCCGCGGGAAGCUGCCCAUUAAAUGGAUGGCGCCUGAAUCUAUUAACUUCAGGAGAUUCACCUCUGCUUCGGACGUGUGGAUGUUCGGUGUUUGUAUGUGGGAGAUUCUCAUGCUGGGCGUGAAGCCGUUCAGUGGAGUCAAAAACAACGACGUGAUCGGCAAACUCGAGAAUGGUGAACGACUGGCGCUACCUCCGCGAUGUCCGCCGAGACUGUACUCACUGAUGUCCCACUGCUGGGCUUACGAGCCAUCACAGAGACCCACGGCACACCAGCUGAAGGAAACACUCUUUGAAAUCCUGCAAGAGGAGCGGAACACGGCGUGGGACACGAUGAGGAGGGAGAACAGACGAGUGGCGGCCGCCUCGUGGGGGGACGACCCGCCGCCUAAACCAUCACGACAACCACACACACACGCACCUGGAGCCGACCCGGGCGGUCCGCAGACGUACAUCGUGGCGCAGAGCCCGGCCGUGCUGGCGCAGCUGCUGAGGGACAACCCCGCUCGCGCCGACCCGCACGCCUACACCACGCCCGCCUCGGUAUUCAACACGCUCGCUGUGUUCACGCCCGACCCCGCCCCGGACCCCGCGCCCUCCCCCGCGCUCCUCACCCGCCCCAUCCCCGUGACCCAGCUGCACCGCCUGGACCCGCUGGUCCCCGACGAGGCCCCCGCCACGCACCAGGUCCGUGUCGCGGCGCCCGACUCGUGCGACAACCUCGCCGCGCCACCGGACGAACCGGACGUGUACCCGAGCCGCGUCCGGUCACUAGAGCGCACGCCGCGCGUCCCGGAGCGCGCGCCUGUCCGCGUGGGGUCCCUGGAGCGCCCCGGCCGGCCGUUGUUCCGCCAGCAGUCCGUCCCCGCGUCCCCCCCUCGCCGCCGGGAGCGCGACGUGGGCCAGUUCUCGGCGCAGGGCCCGCUAAACGCGCAGCUGGCGGCCAGCGUCCUCAACAAAAUGCGCCAGCAGCCGGAGCCGCCGCUCGUGGAGGAGAUAUACGACUUCGGCGGAGAUAACGUUAGGAGCUGCGUAGCCGUCGCGCAGCGGUCAGGGGGACGCCGGGGCCGUAUGGUGACGUCACACCCGGCCCCCUACGGCCCCCCAGGCCCCGCGCCCGGGCCGCCGGGGCCCCCUACCGCCGCGGAGCAGGUGAUCGCGAGCAUGAAUUGGCGAAAAUCAAAAUUUAGUUUAUACAUUUUUUGUUGCAAGUGGUUCCGUAGUUACUGUUUUGUUUAUCGCAUGUUGUCGGUGGUGUGGCCGCGUGUCGCCCGUCCCACUCCAGAAUUCGAUACGGAGCAGGCGGUUGAGAGACGACUGUUGGCUGAACUCGCGAGACAACAACACCAGAGUGAAGAGGAUAGAAGAUGGCUACAGAUGCAGGAAGAUAACCUGAAGCGACUAUCCAACGUACAAAUGGCCCCGGAAACGGAAACUGAAAAACAGGAACAAGCAACGCCGGACGUCAAACCCGCUAAUACUAGUCACACACCAACCGCGUCAAAUUCAUCGGAGACGAGUCCAGCGAACACAGUGAACACUAAAGAUAGACCAGCCAGUGAAGAUAAAGGUCGUGUGAAGGAGCCCGUAUACAGCGCCACUACGGCCGUGGUGAGGUGUGUGAUGUGCCUGGCGGGCGCUGCCACCAGCACGCCGCGGUCCGCGCCCACCGUGCUGGCCGCCGUGAGGGCGGUGGGUGAGGCUCUAAGGCAUCUGUGCGCCACCGUCGAUAGACUCGUCGCAUUGUACCCGCCCGCCGCGCAGAGGGAGGUUGAAAUGGCACAUCAAGUACUGAGUAAGGACAUGGCGGCCCUCGUGGAGGCCAUGAGACUCGCGAUACACUACGCGCGGACUACGCUGCAGCAGGAUUACACCAAGAGUAUGCUCGCCGCUGCGCACGUGUUAGCGAUGGACGCCAAAAACCUAUUGGACGUAGUGGACUGUAUCCGCGAGAGACAUCCCCACGUGGACUGGCGCUCCGCCCUCCGCGACGUGUCACCGGAGCCCGGGCCUCCGCCCCUCGACAACCAAACACUGAGCUCACAAAACCAAGUGUUCGCGCCACAAUGCCAGACCCUAACUCCACAAAACCCGGUCCUUAGCACACAAUCUUCACUACAAGAACCCAUCAAACCGGACUUCAAAGUCAACCAGCCGGUGACGCCCGUAACAACAGCGACGCACGUCGAACAACACAAGGAACACAACAGUCUGCCGGUCACCACCAACAGAGUGUCCACUCUCAUACACAGCUUCAACAUCGGCAGCGUUAAAGACCAGCAUAUAUAUGGGAACGAGACUCAGUUCCAACAUUCGCAGUCAUGUGACGAUUCUAAGCUAGACCCUACUCCGUGCGAAGUCAGGAAUAGACUCCAAGCGAUGUCCAAGGACCCUCCCGCUAUAUACUCGGUGUCCAAAAAGAUUCUGCCUCUAGAGCACAGCGACCAAGGCUGA